AUUCUACAAGCGUUCAGCUUACAUCGAGUCCACUUUCACGAAGACUACGCGCUUCAGUCUUCUAUACCAACCCAACCCUGCUAAGGUAGAUAGAAUACCAUCUCUCAAUGACGUCCCAAGAAGCCGAACCCGAGCCCAGCCCCAACUCCACCUUCUUCAAACACCAUCAAGCAUCAACCCUCCCCUCUCCAGCCAAAGUACGAUCCACCAACAAAGCAACAAACAACCCCCACAGCACAAGCUUCAACAGACCCCCGCCAGUCAAGUUUCCGUCGUUGGGGCUAAUCGUCAAAUACGGAGCCGACGUAACCGUCACAGAGGCACGGACCCAACAGCUGGUGUACGAGCGGUUGAGCGGCGUAGUACCUGUUCCGGAGGUGUUCGGGUGGACGGAAGAUGGGGAGCAGGUGUUUAUCUAUAUGGCUUUGGUAGAGGGUGAGACGCUGGAGAAACGAUGGGGUGUUUUGAACGAAGAAGAGAGAGAGGCUAUCUGUAAAGAGCUCAAUGGGAUGGUCAAGGCCUGGAGGUCGCUGGAAUACCCCGACCAGGGUCUUUACGUAGGUAGCCUAAACAACCACCCCCUAAACGACAUCUUCCUCCAUGAUCACCGCAACCUAGCCGGACCCUUCCACGACUUCAACGCCGUGCAGGAAUUUCACAACGGCUGCGACAUCGAGAUCGACGGACGGGAUAUCCCCGCAGUCUUCACACACGCCGACCUCGUACCCCCCAAUAUCAUUUUAUCACCGGGGCCAAACCCAACAGUAGCUGCUGUCAUUGACUAGGGCCAGGCGGGGUGGUAUCCGUCUUACUGGGAGUAUUGUAAGGCGAGGCGGGUGAGGCCGAGUCCGGGGGAUUUUAGUGAGGAGAUGGAGGGGGAGUGGUGGGGGAAGUAUGUGCCGCGUAUUGUGGAUGCUGUUGGUGUUGGUGAGGAGGGUGUGUAUCAUCCUUGGCUGUGGUUUGUGCUGUCUAAGGGGAUCUAGGUAUGUAGUUGUGGUAGAUGGGGAAUAUAGCUUAUGGUUUUUUAUGUAUAGUGUGGCUUUUGGGUCAUGGGCAUGUGUGGUCGUGGUGAUCUCAAUA